CUAGUCCCGAAUUAAUCCUUGUAGGGGUUGGUAGAAAAUUUCAGGCGUGUUCGAGAGGCUCCUGGAAGUAUCCCCAACUGGGCCGCAGCGAUUGUGGUACCCCACCAAUUGAGGGCAGGUGGAAGAGGAAAGAACCAUUUCGAAUUUUUGCGGGGCACUGAGUCGCUCCUGCCUCCUACCUGCGUUCUACCUUUUAAGAAUCCAAACACCAACUCUUUGCAUCUCUCGAAUCCUCACUCUUCACGAAAUCCAUUCUCCUUCUUAAUACCCAUCAGAAAUCAGAAGUGUCUAGCGCAUUUCUUUUUCCACCCGAUUCUUGAUCACUGAUAUCAACUCUACCGGAAUACAACUACUCCCGGUUACGCGCACGAAGAUACCCCUCCUUCACACGCAAACUCUCAAAACACCACAACUCUUCUUCCACACAUCACAACCAUCACAAUGGCUUCCGGAGGCAAGGCUGUCGGUAUCGACUUGGGUACUACCUACUCAUGCGUCGCAUACUACUCCAACGACAAGAUUGAAAUCAUUGCAAACGACCAGGGAAACAGAACGACACCUAGUUUCGUUGGUUUCACCGACACUGAGCGUCUGAUCGGAGAUGCGGCCAAGAACCAGGUCGCCAUGAACCCCCACAACACGGUCUUCGAUGCCAAGCGUCUCAUUGGCCGCAAGUUCCAGGACUCCGAGGUCCAGGCCGAUAUGAAGCACUUCCCGUUCAAGGUCAUCGAGAAGGGUGGCAAGCCCAACAUCGAGGUCGAGUUCAAGGGCGAGACCAAGACCUUCACUCCCGAGGAGAUCUCCGCUAUGGUCCUGACCAAGAUGCGUGAGACUGCCGAGUCUUUCCUCGGUGGCCAGGUCAACAAUGCUGUUGUCACUGUCCCCGCCUACUUCAACGACUCCCAGCGUCAGGCUACCAAGGACGCCGGUCUCAUUGCUGGCCUCAACGUUCUUCGUAUCAUCAACGAGCCCACCGCUGCCGCCAUUGCCUACGGUCUCGACAAGAAGGCCGAGGGCGAGCGCAACGUUCUCAUCUUCGAUCUUGGUGGUGGUACUUUCGAUGUGUCCCUCUUGACCAUUGAGGAGGGCAUUUUCGAGGUCAAGUCCACCGCUGGUGACACUCACUUGGGUGGUGAGGACUUCGACAACCGUCUCGUCAACCACUUCGUCAACGAGUUCAAGCGCAAGCACAAGAAGGACCUGUCCUCCAACGCCCGCGCCCUGCGCCGUCUUCGCACCGCCUGCGAGCGUGCCAAGCGCACCCUGUCCUCGUCUGCUCAGACCUCCAUCGAGAUCGACUCCCUGUUCGAGGGUAUUGACUUCUACACCUCCAUCACCCGUGCUCGCUUCGAGGAGCUCUGCCAGGACCUGUUCCGCUCUACCAUCCAGCCCGUCGACCGUGUCCUCACCGACGCCAAGGUCGACAAGUCCCAGGUCCACGAGAUCGUCCUGGUCGGAGGUUCCACCCGUAUCCCCCGUGUCCAGAAGCUUAUCUCCGACUACUUCAACGGCAAGGAGCCCAACAAGUCCAUCAACCCCGAUGAGGCUGUUGCCUACGGUGCUGCCGUCCAGGCCGCCAUUCUGUCCGGUGACACUUCCUCCAAGAGCACCAACGAGAUCCUUCUUCUCGAUGUUGCCCCUCUGUCCCUCGGUAUCGAGACUGCUGGUGGCAUGAUGACCAAGCUCAUUCCCCGCAACACCACCAUUCCCACCAAGAAGUCUGAGGUCUUCUCCACCUUCUCCGACAACCAGCCCGGUGUCCUCAUCCAGGUCUACGAGGGUGAGCGCCAGCGCACCAAGGACAACAACCUUCUUGGCAAGUUCGAGCUUACCGGCAUUCCCCCUGCUCCCCGCGGUGUUCCCCAGAUUGAGGUUACCUUCGACCUUGACGCCAACGGAAUCAUGAACGUCUCCGCCGUCGAGAAGGGUACCGGAAAGUCCAACAAGAUUGUCAUCACCAACGACAAGGGCCGCCUUUCCAAGGAGGACAUCGAGCGCAUGCUUGCUGAGGCUGAGAAGUUCAAGGAUGAGGAUGAGGCUGAGGCUCAGCGUGUCUCUGCCAAGAACGGCCUCGAGUCUUACGCCUACUCCCUCCGCAACACUCUCAGCGACUCCAAGGUCGACGAGAAGCUUGAGGCUGACGACAAGGAGAAGCUCAAGACUGAGAUCGACACCAUUGUCACCUGGCUCGACGAGAACCAGCAGGCUACUCGCGAGGAGUACGAGGAGCGCCAGAAGGAGCUCGAGGGUAUUGCCAACCCCAUUAUGAUGAAGUUCUACGGUUCUGCUGGCGGUCCUCCCGGUGCUGGUGGUGCCCCUGGCGGCUUCCCAGGCGCGCCCGGCGGUGCUCCCCCCGGCAACCACGACGACGGCCCCACCGUUGAGGAGGUUGACUAAAUUGAUACCCUUGAUGAAUUCUUUCCUUAGAGUCCGAGUCAUGGGUGUGGCACCGAAUCGGCUGCUACUGGGUUUCACGACUAGACUUUUGCUUUCUUUGCAUUUAUGAAAUCACGAUGGGAAAAGCACGGUUAUGGGUCAGAGAUGUAUUCUAGCUAGACUCCGCGGUUUAGGAAGUCUAAUACAAAACAGUAAAAUUAUU